AUGAAUUUUUCAUCCCUUAGUAUUAGAGGUAUUCUUGGGGGUGGAAAGUCUAUGUGGGUUAAAGAGCUGAGGUUAAAUAACAAUAUUGGGGAGAUAGCGCUUCAAGAAUCCAAAUUAGAGAGUGUUUCCAGAGCUAAUUUGGUUGGGUUUUGGGGUAAUAAUAGUUUCGAGUUUUGUUAUACUGGUUCGGUUGGUCUUUCUGGCGGUUUAAUCUGGAUGUGGGAUCCGGACUCGAUUAAUAUUGAGGUCUUUGUGCAGAACAGAUGCUUCCUGAUUAUCAGGGGCACGUUGUCCGGUAAUGGGCCUGUUAUUAAUAUGGUCAAUGUAUACGCGCCUCAAAAUACAGAAGCUAAAUGUCAGUUAUGGAAUGAAUUAUCAAUUUUGAUCCGUUCAUACGAAGGAAAGUGGAUUCUAACAGGCGAUUUCAAUGCUGUACGUUUCAUUGAAGAAAGGAAAAAUUCUUACUUUAAAGCGGUUUAUGCCGAAAACUUUGACAAGUUUAUUUUUGACAAUGGGUUGCAAGAAUACCCUCUUCAGGGAUGUCAAUUCACAUGCAUCAGGGAUAAUGGUAGAAAAUUAAGUAAGUUGGACCGUUUUUUGGUGUGUUCGGAAUUUUUUAAUGCUUGGCCUUUGGCAUGUGCUAGAGUUCUUCCUGGGAGACACUCUGACCACUGCCCUAUUAUAUUGGAGGUUAUCGAUCAUAACUUUGGCCCUAGACCGUUCAGGAUUUUCAGUUCUUGGAUUAGUCAACCAGGAUUCGAGGAAGCGGUGACCGAGGCAAAUGACAGUUUUGUUUCGGAUGCUAAAGAAAAAGAAAAUGUGAACGUGGCUUUAUCCGAAUUGGAGACGCUUGAGAUGGAAAUGGAGAAUAGGGAUCUCGCCGAGGAAGAAGAAUGGAUUAUGGCUGAGAAUAAGAAAGUUAUUAAAGAAGUAGAUUUGAGGAAGAAUGCCGAUCUUAGACAAAGAUCGCGUCUGAAGUGGGCUUUAGAUGGGGAUGAAAAUUCCAAACUUUUUCAUGCUAUGGUGAAUAAUAGAAAAGCCGUUAACUCGAUUCGCGGUCUUACCAUUAAUGAUGAAUGGUGUACCAAACCUAAGUUAAUAAAGAAAGAAGUUCUCACGUUCUUCAUAGACAAGUUUAAAGAGAGUGUUCCGAAUAGACCGAAGUUGGUGUGUUAG